AUGAUGAAACCUGUUCCAAGGCUUAGGGUUAUCAUCUCAGCUACUUUCGUGUUCUGUCUUUUCGUUGUUUUCCAAAUCUAUAAAUCAGAUUUGUUCGAAAAAAAUUAUCAAAUCACUCAUCAAGUAAACAACAUCUUCAUAUCCAUCGCUUCUUCUUCACACCAUCAAACCCCAAAUCUCACCAAAUAUUCCAACGAGAGUGAUGGAAACAGAGCAAAACCACCCGAAGACCUCGAAGAAACAGAUACUUGUGCAGGAAGGUACAUAUACAUGCACAAUCUUCCAAGCAUAUUCAACGAUGACAUCAUCAAAAACUGUCGAGCACUCAACAAAUGGUUCAAUAUGUGUCCCUUCAUGGUCAACUCCGGUCUCGGUCCCCAGGUUCUAGAGUAUGAUAACAAAACAUCUCAAGUCUUAACCACGAAAACCGGUUCUUGGUACUCAACAAACCAGUUCUUGCUAUCGGUUAUCUUCCGAGAGAGGAUGAAACAUUACGAGUGUUUGACCAACGACUCAUCACUAGCCUCGGCGAUCUACGUCCCCUACUACGCGGGAUUCGACGUGAGCCGUCACCUCUGGGGAUACAACACAACAGUUAGAGACGCACUAGCGACAAAGCUGGCUAAGUGGCUUAGAGAGAGACCUGAGUGGAGGAAACUCCACGGUCGUGACCACUUCUUUGUAACAGGACGGAUCGGUUGGGACUUUAGGAGAUGUUGGGAUGAAGAGUGGGGAAGCAACUUGAUGUGCUCGCCAGAAUUUUCUAACACGACGAUGUUAUCUAUCGAAACCACUGCUUGGACCAACGAGUUUGCGGUUCCUUAUCCGACUUAUUUUCAUCCAGAGAGCUUAACCGAGGUUAGGAGAUGGCAGAGGAAGGUGAAGAGAGUGAAGAGGAGACAUUUGUUUUGUUUUGUUGGAGCACCAAGGCCGAAACAAGAUGGAUCCAUCAGGGGAGAGAUUAUAAAGCAGUGCCUUGCUUCACAAGGUGUUUGCAAGUUUCUUAACUGUAAUGAACCAGGUAAUGAUUGUGAUAAUCCGGUUAAGAUCAUGGAUGUGUUUAAGAGUUCGGUUUUCUGUUUACAACCUCCUGGAGAUUCAUAUACUCGGAGAUCUAUAUUUGAUUCGAUUUUGGCCGGUUGUAUACCGGUUUUCUUCCAUCCCGGUUCGGCUUAUAACCAGUAUAUGUGGUAUUUUCCUAAGGAUUAUACCAAGUAUUCGGUUUACAUACCGGAGAGUGGAGUGAAGAAUGGAACGGUUAGUAUCAGGGAAUUGUUGGGUAGGAUUGGUGAGGAGAGUGUUUCAAGGAUGAGAAAGGAGGUUGUGAAGAUUAUACCAAAGAUAAUAUACACUAAACCGGGAUUGGUUAGACCAGAGAACAAGGUUGUGAAGAUUAUACCGAAGAAAGUAUACACUAAACCGGAAUUGGUUGGACUAGAGAAGAUUGAAGAUGCGUUUGACAUUGCAGUUGGUAAGGUUAUUGAGAGGGUAGCAAUGGUUAAGAGGAUGAUGGAAGAAGGAAAAGAUCUUCAUAGUGAGUAUUCACAAACAAGGGAUUUAAAGAAACUUGAGUGA